AUGUCUUCUGGCUUUGUCUCAGGAGGCACUGCGGACAAUCCAAUUGAGCGCGACGAUGAGUGGAAACAAGCCCAACGUGAGAUUGAAGAGAAGCGCAGAGAAAAGGAAGAGCUAGGAAAGCAGAAUGAGGGCAAAAGUCUCUACGAGGUGCUGCAGGCCAACAAAGAUGCCAAACAGGAAGCAUUCGAACAAGCCGCACGCUACAAACUACACGUUACACUUGAUGACGACGAAGCCGACUACCUUGACAGUAUUCUCGAAACCAAGCGCAAAGAGGAGGAGAAAUUGAAGAAAGAGACUCGCGAACAGCUAGAUCUCUUCCGUCAACAGCAAGAAGAAGCAGAGAGGAAGGCACUAGAGGACGAUAACAUCGAGGUGCCUAAGGAAGACCAGGUGCAAUGGGUCGCGCCGGGGCGGAAGAGGAAGAAAGGCGCCGAGGCCAGCCUUUGGAAGGGCAUCAAGCUACGGAAGUCUAGCUCAGCAGCUGAGGAGAGCAAGUCCGUUCACGCUGUCCCCGAGAGAGAGAAAACGGCGAGCGAUGCACCAGAAGCUGCCACCGCAACUCCUACCGCUACAAUUAGCACGGCAUCGGCUGCAUCGCCUCCAACCAAAGCUCCAAACACGCUCUCGUUAGGGCUUGGUUACGUAUCUUCAGAUGAAGAAGAGUGA